AUGAAUUCCAGCCACACCAUCUUCUCCUCAGCCACGUUGUUGUUCAACAUCCCCGAAAAGCGAUAUGAUGUGUUCAACGUGUGCAUGGAUCAACCGAUGAAGAUAAUAUCUGAUGGCGUUUGGAACCACAAUGGACCAUAUCCUACACAAUCUGCAUUCACCGUGCUUGAGCUUCAAAUAGUUACCAUCUUCGUUGUCACGCAAGUCUUUCAUUUUAUUCUCAAGCGAUUAGGGAUCCCUUAUUUCGUUUCACAAAUCAUGGCUGGUUUUGUGCUAGGGCCAUCAAUUUCGCUAGGAUCUUUUGAAAAGUACAAGAAGAUGCUGUUCCCGUUUGGGAGUCCAGAUAUUCUGAACACAGUGGCAUCAUUAGGGUUCUCAUUCUACCUUUUCAUAACAGCAGUGCAAAUGGACCUAAGUUUGAUCGUGAAAACGGGGAAGAAGGCAUGGGUCAUCGCACUUUCCUCAUACUUCGUUUCCAUAUCGGUUGGCAUUGGUCUCAUGAACUUGUUCCUUCCCACGCUGGUAAACUUUAUCAGUAACGAGGAAAUUGUCAUGAGCUUGCCUAUGGUCAUCGUAAGUCAGGGCGGCGUUUCCUUCGCCGUCGUCGCAACCCUACUCAAUGACCUCGGUAUCCUCAACUCUGAACUCGGCCGCCUUGCCCUCUCCACAGCUUUCGUCAACGACUUAACUGGUGGAAUCGCAGCAGGGUUCGGUGCUGACUAUUUGAAAAGCCUUGAGUUGGAAUUCUCUGCUCAAGUUAAAAACGUAGUGGCAUUUUUUGUUUACCUCAUCGGCAUUCCACUAGUCGGCCGUCCAAUGAUGGCGUGGAUUGUGAAGAACACCCCAGAAGGGAAACCGGUGAACAAGAUAUAUAUCUAUGCCAUCAUAGUGUCGUUUUUGGGAUUAGGGUACUUUGCAGGGAACUUCAACCAACCCUUCUUAGUAGGGGCUGUUAUUUUAGGCCUUGCAGUUCCUGAAGGUCCUCCUUUGGGGUCUGAAUUGGUUUCCCAACUUGAGUUGUUCUCCAACUGGUUCCUCUCCUCGAUUUUUGUCACAUGUUGCACCAUGAAGGUGGAUCUUAACGACUGUGAUUCUUUCAGCUUCUUUGUGAUCAUAAGCUUCUUCAUUCUUUUGGCCCAAUUGAUUAAGAUGCUAUUAUGCAUGGGAAUUUGCUCCUACUGUAAAAUGCCCUUCUCUGAUGGCUUCUGCCUUGCUCUCAUUUUGACCUGCAAAGGUGUUGUGGAUAUCUGCUCCUAUGUCCUAAUCUUCGAUACGAUGGUGCAAAGUAAAAAAGUAAUAGGUGUUUUGGUCAUCUCGGUGAUGGUCCUAGGAACAACUUCGAGGCUUGGUGUGAAGGCCUUGUAUGACCCUACAAGGAAAUACGCAGGGUAUCAAAGAAGGAACAUCAUGAGCUUGAAACAAAAUCAUGAGCUUAGGGUCGUUGCAUGCAUCCACAAGACGCACCAGAUGAUUCACAUCAGAAACGUGCUCCAGCUUUGUUCCCCUUGUCCAGAGAACACACUAGUGGCAGAUAUUUUGCAUCUGAUGGAGCUAGUUGGAAGGUCCACUCCCAUUUUCAUUGCACACAGACUUCAACAAAAAAUGGGGUCCUCCUACAAUUAUUCUGGGGAAAUCAUUGUUACCUUCGACCUUUUUGAACGUGACUAUGCUGGUUUUGCCACUGCCAACACCUACACUGCCAUAUCCCCAGCAUCACUGAUGCAUGAAGAUGUUUGUCACCUUGCACUGGACAAAAACGCAGCCCUUAUAAUCCUUCCAUUUCAUGUCAAAUGGGGUGGGGAUGGUUCUGUUGAGUUAGAGGACAGCAACAUAAGGGCAUUUAACGCUAGAGUUUUGGAAAGGGCACCUUGCUCCAUUGGGAUUAUGGUGAACCGUGGUCCUUGUGGCUUUCACUCAGCAAGUUACAAAGUGGCCAUGGUUUUCUUGGGAGGACCUGAUGACAGAGAGGCCUUGUGCUUGGCUAAGAGGUUUACCAAAAACCCCGACAAUAGGUUGUUUGUGUUUAGGUUGGUUGCGCAUGACCGUGAUAUCACCAAUUGGGAACAUAUGAUUGAUGAUGAGGAGUUGAGGGAGGUGCGUGGAGCUUAUGGAAAACUAGAAAAUGUGACAUAUGUAGAGAAGACAAUAGAAGAUGCAUCUCAGACAACGUUUUUCAUCAAAGAUAUAGCCAACAAAUUUGAUUUUAUCAUUGUUGGGAGACGCCAUGGCAUGAGAUCUUCGCAAACAUUUGGGUUGGAAAAUUGGACAGAAUAUUCGGAGUUGGGGGUCAUUGGUGAUUUGCUUGCUUCACCUGAUAUGGAGACUAGGGCUUCAGUUUUAGUAGUGCAACAACAGUCAACGUCUGUAUCAUGA